ACCACCCGACGGUGUAAGAAUUGAGCACACACGCACGCCUCUGUAGCCCCGCCCAGCGUUAACACCCCCCUGUGACGUCAGACGAGUCCUCCCAAUGCGGUGGCCGUGUGGAUGGGCCGUGGCUGCGCCGUGGAGGGAAACGUGCACUCGUCCCGUGUGUUGUGUUAGUGUCUCACAAACCGUGGAGUGGCUGCGUGGAUGCGUAGUGCAGCCCGAGCUCUUCACACACUGCUACAAACACACAAACAAACAAACAGGCAGACGGUUCCAGGAAGGGACGUGCAAGCAUGCGUGAACGUGUGUGCGUGCAUUUGCAGAUGUUUGGCCCUGUUGGAGGUUUUCGAGGAAUUGGAAGUGCUGUGCUGCAGAUGGAGCUGCUGGAACACUGACUGUCCGCUUUGUUGCGUGAAGGAAUACACCCCCUCCUCUUUCGUCAAAGGAUUCAGGGAUAAAGUCACAUCUCUCGCUCUCCAUGGUGCUCGAAGGCAGAAACAUGGACGGGAUCGGGAACACCAUGCAGAAGAAGGCUGCAGAGCUGGAGCGGCUGGCCGAGGUGCUCGUCACCGGAGAACAGCUGAGGCUGCGGCUCCACGAGGCGAAGGUGAUCAAGGAUCGGCGGCACCACCUGCGAACUUACCCAAACUGCUUUGUGGCCAAGGAGCUCAUCGACUGGCUGAUGGAGCACAAGGAGGCCACAGAUCGAGACACGGCCAUCAAGAUCAUGCAGAAACUUUUAGACCAGAGCAUCAUUCACCAUGUGUGUGACGAGCACCGGGAGUUCAAAGACUUGAAGUUGUUUUACCGCUUCCGCAAGGACGAUGGAACUUUCCCGUUGGACAGUGAAGCCAAGGUCUUCAUGAGGGGCCAGAGGAUAUACGAAAAGCUGAUGAACACAGAGAACAACCUCUUGCAGACGAGAGAGGAGGAGGGCGGGGCGUUCGAGCGGACGCUGGUGGCCUCUGAGUUCAUUGAUUGGCUGCUGCAGGAGGGCGAGAUGGCCACCAGGGAUGAGGCGGAGCAGCUCGGACGGAGGCUUCUUGAACAUGGCAUCAUUCAGCACGUCACCAACAAGCAUCACUUUGCCGACGGGCCCCUCCUCUACCAGUUCAGGAUGAAUUUCCGGCGACGGCGGCGACUCCUCGAGCUCCUUCACGAGCGCAGCCGCAGCAUUCCCGAGAGCCACGACAGCCCCUUCUGUCUCCGCAAGCAGAACUCAGAUGGAGGCAACACCAGCUUCCUCUCAGUGAGUCCCACCAAAGAGAUAAAGGUGAUGGUCGGAGUCCGCCGGAGCAGCAUGAGCAGCAGCUGUGGCAGCAGCGGUUAUUACAGCAGCAGCCCUACGCUCAGCAGCAGUCCACCUGUUCUCUGCAACCCCAAAUCUGUUCUGAAGAGACAAGUGAGUCCGGAGGAACUGCAGACGCCAGGAGGACGUUUUCUAAAGAAGACAUUCACAAUUGUAGGCGAUGCUGUGGGCUGGGGCUUUGUGGUGCGAGGCAGCAAACCCUGUCACAUCCAGGCAGUGGACCCUGGUGGACCUGCAGCUGCAGCUGGCAUGAAGGUGUGUCAGUUCGUGGUGUCGGUGAACGGUCUGAACGUCCUCUCUCACGACUACCGGACCGUCAGCAACCUGAUCCUGACCGGACCCAGGACAAUCGUCAUGGAGGUGAUGGAGGAGGUAUAAGUUUGAGAAGAGCUAUGAGAGAAAGUCUCAUAGAAGAUCGGUGUGAUAAUAAGGUGGGGACAAAAAAGGUUUAAGACUUGACCUCAAAACCUCACAGACACAAAGAACCUUAGGUGACUUGAAACGCACCCACCGGUGUUUGGACAAGGUGGACGACGGAGAAACGUGUCAACAAUGUGGGUGUUCAUGUCAAGUAAAUGAUUCAACCUGCGGGUCAAUCAUACAAGUUGUUCUAGUUUUUACUUUGAAUUUAGGGGCAUGUGCACUACAGAGGGAAAGUGCUGGAACCGCCACCUCUGCAGACGUUGAUCCAGCUGAUUCAUCGUGACUUGAUGUGUGAAGAAGGAAAACGUCAAUUUCCUUAUUUUGUUUGCGAUUUCAACACCGAACUGAAUCACUGAUCCGUUGCUGGACAUGUCAGAGGAUGUGAAACACAGAUUGUGGUCAUUAGAAUCUUGUGAUGAACAAGUAAAAGCAGAAACAGUAACAAUAAGGAAGAAGAUUUCAUGUUGACUCCUUGAGUGACCUCUCCUCCACUUAGUUUCUAACCAUGGACUGAACCUCCUGAUGGAACAACGUCGCCCUCUGCUGGGAUGAAAAGGCAGACACAGAGAGAGCACAUUUACUGGAUCUUCAUCCAGUAAAUCACAAAUCUUAGGUUUUGCGGUGUAAUAGUAUUUUUUUUUUUACCCGUGAAUCACAAUUUUAAAACGAAAAAAAUAAUUUUUUACCCUUGUCGUGUGAAGACCCCACAGACAAAUUGACAAUGACAGUGAAGGCGAGGUUAAUUCUGAACACUUGCUAAUUUGAUGUUGUACAUAAAAACAAAUGCAGUGAUAAUCUGCAUGAGACAUAAACAGGCACAACGUACAUUGGCUUUAUGCACAAACAAAAGAAGAAACCCUGCUUUACAGGAAAUUGUGUUUACGGGAUGAAGCCUCAUUGAUGUGAUGAGAAUAUCUUGAAUCGAAUUGUUUGUUUAAGGAUUCAUUUCCUUAUAUACAGACCUUAAACUUUCAUAGUGAUUUGUAAGAGCUUGUUUAAGAGUUAACAUUGUUUUUGGUAUAUUUCCUGCUGAGAGGCUCUCUGCUCUAAAAUACCUUUUGGAAAUAUUUCUAAGGAAUGUUUCAUUUUUGUUUAGAAAAUUAAAAAUAAAACACACCAGUGGCGAUUGCAAAUAAAUCCUGUUAUUGGAGCCAUGGUGUGCCAACCAGCUUUCCUGGAAAACUUUAACUUUACGGUAAAAUCAUCACAUACAAUAGAAUUGAUUGACCUUUUGAUUAUAGAUGUAUUUACAGUAUAUGUUCUUUGACCUUUGAUGAAUAUUAAAGAGUAGAAUGACUUUAUGAGCGUAUAACAAUUCAGACUAUAACCAAGAUAGAAACCUCAGAAAUUUCAUACCUUGAUAAAAGACAGAACCUUAAUGUCAACCAUUACUUCACUUAUGUAAUAAAAGUAAUUUUUUAUUUUAAAAUUAACAGCGAAAUACAAAAAAUGAUUAUUUUAUCUUAAGUGAGGGCACUAUACCUCAGUUAUUGGUCCAAUCACGAUGCAGUGAUGUGGCUUCAUCUGAUUAUUUCAUUUUCUUAACAUGGAAAAUCCCCUCAGGGAACAUUUUGGUUACAUCUCUAAUGAGCAUUAUAAACUUUAAACAUUUGAGGUAAUUGACUAAAGCACUUAGGUGACAGAAGCUUUUCUUUUUUGGAAUAACGUUUAGAUUUUGAAUAUGUAUCUGUACAUAAACCUUCUUAUAUACAAUCUGACUUCCUAAUAUGAAACUAAUAAGAAAUUAUAGUCUCCUGCUCGUUCCCAAAUCCUGUUCUCCUUCAUCAUCUGUGUGAGGAAACUGUGCAGUAAAAUCUAAACAUCUAAACACAAGUUUUUUAAGGGUAGUGUUUAGGUAAUGGAAAUAGUCAGUGUAUGUGAAAUAUAGCGCUUGUGUGUCUGAUAUGUUUUUGCCGCCUUGAAUCAAGCAACAAGGGUCAUUUCCAGCAAAUCACAAAAAAA